GAUUAUAAUGAAGAAAUAAUUUCAGCUUCCUGUUAUAAGUUCCCCUCAAAACUGUGAAGAUAAGUGCAAUCCAAGCAUGGCUAAUCUGCCAUUGAUCACCUGUGUGCUCUUAGCUCUAUGCAGCCUAUCUUUAGCAGCAAAUGUUUUCAUCAGCAUCGACUGCGGGUCAUCUGCGACGUACAAAGACGAGAACGGGAUAGUCUGGACCGGCGACGAUGAUUACAUAAGCACGGGCGAAUCCCGUUCCGUGCAGCCUUCCAACUCCUACAACCGAGUGAUGGACACGCUGAGAGUGUUCAGGAAUCAGAGCAAGCACUGUUACACCAUCAACUCCGUCAAGCAGGGGCGCGUCCUACUACGCGCCACGUUCCUCUACGGGAACUACGACGGCAAAAACUCCCCUCCGGCCUUUGAUCUGAUGUUCGACAGCUACUACUGGGCUUACGUGAAUAACAGCGGGACCACGCCAUCCCGUUACGAGGUGAUCUACACCACGACCAAGGAGUCCAUCAGCGUGUGCGUUUCCCAGUACGAAGCAGACCAGUUUCCCUACAUAUCUGCUCUCGAAGUCAGGAGUCUCGACUCCGACAUGUAUAAAGGUCUCGGUGCUGACAAGGACAUUUACCCCUUGUUCACAAGGAGAAGGUUGGCUUUUGGCACAAAUGAAACCAUAAGGUUUCCAGCCGAUCCGUAUGACAGACAAUGGCCUGUUGAUGGGUUGCCUAUGAAAGGAACUAUCCGAGUUUCGGGCAACGCCAACCUAGAAAGCGGGCUAACGACCGAUUAUCCCCCGCCUGCAGUGCUGCGAAGUGCGGUUACUGCAGCCACCCGCAAUUCAACCAUACAAUUUAACCUCGCAUUAUCUACCAAGUUUAAUUCUUCCGUCUACAUAAACUGGUACUUCUCGGAGGUUGCUCGCCUCGGACCCAACGAUACUCGAAUGUUCUCAUUCUACAAAGACAACAAGCCCUUAUCCGAUCCAUUUUCCCCGCCUUAUGAAAACUGCACGCAGAAGUAUAUCAGCAACAUGACACUUUCGGCAAACAACUCCUUUACUCUAGUCCCCACUGAAAACUCUACGCUCCCGCCCCUCGUCAAUGCAAUGGAAGUCUUUAUCAUCGGAGAUUUCCCGCUCGACAACGGCACUCAGACCCAAGAUGUUGAGGGGUUAGCUUCGCUGCAAGAAGCGUUCCGUCUGUUGAAAAACUGGGGCGGCGAUCCAUGUCUCCCUAAACUUUAUAACUGGGAUUGGGUCAAAUGCGACGGUGAUAGAGUGACAACACUGCUUCUUACUGGCUAUGGACUUUCGGGGCCGCUACCGGAUUUUAGUUCCAUGACUGCUCUUCAUACAAUAAAUCUUUCAAAUAACAGCUUGAGUGGGAAAAUUCCUGAAUUUCUUGGGUUGUUGCCGAAUCUCCAAAUAUUGAAUCUCGAAAAUAACCGUUUCAAUGGUACCAUUCCAACCUCAUUAUCAAAUAAAAAGGACCUAAUUUUACGGGUGAGCGGAAAUCCACAGUUGUGUACAUCAAAUUCAUCGUGCACGACUUCGGUGACAAGUCCGAAGGCAAACUCUUCCUUCAGGACGAGGAAGAAUAUUCUGGAAAUGGUGUUCACCACCAUAGUUUCAUCCAUCAUCAUAUUGCACUUGAGUUAGUAGAAAAAGAGAACAUUAAUUUUAUUUCUGUUAUAUAAUUAAGUACAGUACUUUGUUUUGUUUUGGAUGAA